UCGCGACUCUCACCUGUGAACUGUCUAGCAUCCCCACCGCCACGCCGCACUCACCUCUCAAAAGAGCCUCAUUCUCCUCGUCUCUGAGUCGCCCGUGAAGACCCUGGCCGCGACGGCCCUACAUAUCCCUCGCACAUCGACAGUCACACGAGCGCGCGCUCCGAUACUGCAAACAUGGGGCUCUCCAAAUCGACGCGCAUUAUGAUCCUGCUGGGUAUCGACUCGGCCUUCUUCCUACUGGAACUGGUGGUGGGAUAUGCGGUGCAUUCGCUGGCUCUGGUCGCCGACUCGUUCCACAUGCUGAACGAUGUCAUAUCGCUCCUUGUCGGACUCUGGGCAGUGAAGGUCGCCAACGAGAAGACUAAUUCAAAGAAAUACACAUACGGGUGGCAACGUGCAGAAACCCUCGGUGCUCUCGUAAACGGCGUUUUCCUGGUCGCACUGUGUCUCUCUAUCUUCCUCGAAGCUAUCCAGCGAUUCGUUGAGCCCCAGGAAGUGUCGCAGCCCAAACUUGUUCUCAUUGUCGGCUCUCUCGGUCUCGCUUCGAACCUCGUCGGUCUCGUACUCUUCCACGACGUCGGACACAGCCAUGGGCCAGGUGGCCACUCGCACGGGCAUGGUGACGAGCAUUCGCACGCCGAGGAAGGACAUGCGCACGGAAGUGAGGCGCACGAUCACGCACACGGCCAUGACCAUGAAGAGAGCAGCUCUGCGCAGGCUCCACGAGCGCGCCGCAAGUCGGCCUCUGGCAAGCGUGGCCACCGCCACGUUCGAUCUGGAUCCCAGGGAUACUCUACUCUCGAUGAGAUCUACGUACACCCUUCGUCGUUCAGGAACAGCAUCAUUGAAUCUUCUCGCCAGGACGUUGACGAUGCUGAUGUCAGCGAGAGCGGUGAUGACCAGCCUACUGAGCAGACUGCUCUCCUAGGCAAGAGCAACGGCCACUCGCACUCGCACGUACCGAAGAAGGAUCACCACAAGAGCCAUAACCACGCAAAACCAAAGGACCAGAAAGCUGGCGGCGGACACGGACACUCUCACGGCGACUUGAACAUGCGCGGCGUUUUCCUCCACGUCUUGGGUGAUGCUCUGGGCAACGUUGGUGUUAUUGCAACAGCCUUGUUCAUCUGGCUCACCGACUUUUGGUGGAGGUUCUACGCCGACCCUCUUGUUUCUCUCGUUAUCACAGUCAUCAUUCUCCUCUCGGCCAUUCCGCUCUGCAAGGCUGCGUCCCGCAUUUUGCUGCAAGCCGUUCCCGAGAACUUGUCUAUCGACGAGAUCAAGGAGGACAUCAAUGAUCUCAACGGCAUCAUCUCAUGCCAUCAUCUGCACGUCUGGCAGCUUUCUGACACCAAGCUGAUCGCCUCGCUCCAUGUACAGGUCGAUUUUGACUUCAAGGGCGAAGGCUCAGCACGCUACAUGACCCUUGCUCGCCAGGUCCGCGAAUGCCUACAUGAGUAUGGCAUCCACUCCUCUACCAUUCAGCCCGAGUUCUGCCUCGACGCAACACACGACCACUCGGCCGCUGGCUCAGAAGACGAAGCCACAGACUUUAAAGCACCAAGUGUCAAGGAGCCAGAGGCUUGUCUACUUGAGUGCCCAGACAGCUGCGGCAACGCAAAGCAGUGCUGUGAACCUGGACAGAAGGGCUGCAAGGGCAGCAAUGGCUCAUCAGCCUAAUAUUUCCCUUUCGUUCUGAACAUUUGUCGAUACUUGUACGAUACUUUCCUUUUCAUUCUUACAUGAUUACCCACACACGUAUUAGCGUGCUAUUUCCUAUCGUUAUGUAUGUGUUACACUGCUUGGGUGGCACUCUAAGUGUAGAGGGGCGUAUGAUUACACAGGCUCAGGUCGGACGGUGGGUUGGACUGCCUUUGCCCGCAUUACAAGAGGUUGCGUGACACCAAAAGUAUAAACGAAACGGCCACAAGAAGCACAAUACCAUCUUUGUACAAUCUUG